AUGCUGGUUGCUACUGCAGCCACCGCCGCUGCGCAAUCCCCGCUGCUGUCGACCUGCAAGUCGGUCACCGACUUUGUGGCAGGCACCUCAUCACAGGCGUUUCCGCGGGCCGGCACCACUUUCUGCCCUACUGUGGACGCGUUCGACAAAUUCGCCAAGGCCUCGGGCUACCAGUCCUGGGCGGGCCUCUUCUCGGACGCCCAGGCCAACCCCAGCGCCUGGAAGCCCUACCUCCGGCGGCUGAUGUCAUACGCCUACGUGCCGGCCCUGGCACCCAUCUCGGUCAUGCCGCAGGGCUCCUCAACCUUGACCACGUCCCUGGCGGACUCCCCGCAGUCCGGCGUGAGCGCGAGCAGCGCGUACGCGACCCUGAACAUCAAGGUCGCGAAGAAGGGCAGCGUGACAAUCUCGUUCACGCGCGGCGGCGGGGGCGCCGCGAACGGGAAGGCCAAAGUGACGGACCCGGACCUGCUCACGACGGCCUUGGUCCACGGGGUGAAUGCGGUGCUGAUGCCGCCCAUGACCUUCCACACGCUGCGGCACGCCUCCAGAACCCUGAAGAAUGUCAGGGGCACGGCACGCAUCAUGAGCAAGAUCAUGAAGGAGCAAAUCAGGACGGCUAACACCUGGGCCACUGUGGUGAUGCCGACAGACGCGGCCUGGAAGGCGAUCACGUUCAAAGGCAAGAGCAGGGUGCCGGCCUGGGUGGGCAACAUCACCACAAACGACGUGUUGAAGGACAAGGCGCUGAUGGAGGCGAUGAUGAAGUACUCGACCAUCAAGAUGCCCACCUGGGAUGGGGCCGAGGUGCUGACGUACUCGUCCCUGUACAAGAUCUGGCAGCUCUCGGGCGGCCAGAACUUCAUCAGCAUGCCGACGUCCCUGGUGGCGGGGCCAACGCAGCGGGCUUUCUACACGUAUGACGCCGGCUCAGACAAGCUCUAUGCAGUCGGCGGCCGCAACAUGCGCGGCGCCCUGGUCGCGGCCGACGACAACUCCUACAUGCCAGGCGCGGAGAUCUCCAAAAAGACCGUGUUUGCGGGGUGCUCCAGCGUGCUGGUCUUGGACGGUUAUGUGCCCCUCCCAGACCGGACCGGCCUGACAAAGUACGACAAGCGGAAAUCAAAUCGGUGA